CUUUACACAAACUCCAGCUCGUAGGGAGGCAAUGCAUUCCGCGCAACCAGAUACUAUAUGGACUUGGGGUAAAUCGCCCAUUCACCCGAUGUCUCACCUUGGCAACGCGACGCCCUCCUGCUGUGAAUAGGGCUAGAUCCCACCAGCCGCAGAAGCAGCAUCAAGUUCGCGGUUUUUAGCUCCAGCGCCUGCAACGCCAUGAGACAAAUAUGUACCAAUCACACUCGACCUCGAGCAGCCAGGCGUUCCCGGUAAGCGCCUUUGACCUACCUCUUGUUUUACGCGGAAUUGAUUCACGCUCGCCCACAGAGAUGUUUUUUCAAACCGUCCCAGAGCGCACUAUGAGGAGCUACUCGAGGCCCGGGUACAUCCACAUUGUGAGGAGUAUAAACGCGCGGAAUCUUUUAGGAGAGGUAAACACCGGCAUGACGUAG